CCUCACCCUAACCAUCACCCCCCUCCCACCAGCACAACAUCAACAACAACAACAACAACAACAACCACAACCCCGCACGCACCGCCCAACAUCCUCCUCCUCCUGCACGGCCUCGGCGACCGCGCCCCCAACUUCACCCCGCUCGCCUCAUCCCUCAACCUCCCCGAGACCAUCGUCCUAACGAUCCAAGCCCCCCUGCCUCUCCCCUUCGACCUGGGCGGCUUCCACUGGGGCGACGACGUGACCUUCUCCCCAUCGGGGGAUCUGGACAUGGACGCGGGCUUCACGCGCUCGACGCGCAUGCUCAUGCAAGAGGUUAUACUGGACACGCUGGUGGGGAAGUGCGGGUAUCGGGUGCGCGAUGUUAUGGUUUUGGGGCUCGGGCAGGGAGGGAUGGUUGGGUUGGAGGUGGCGAGGGGGUUGGCUGUGAAGGGGGAGGAGGGGUUGGCGGGGGUGGUUUCGAUUGGGGCGCCGGUUGGGUUGGGGAUGCCUGGUUCUACGGCUGGAUCGGGGUCGGGGGUUGGGGGGGGGAAGAGUCGGACGCCCGUGUUGGUUGUGGGUGGACGGGCGGAUUCAUCGGCUGUGGGUGAGGCGGGGGUGAGGCGGACGAAGGAGUGGUUUGAGUUCGUGGAGGUACAUCGCUAUGGGAGGAGGGGGGAUGGGAUGCCGCGCAGUCGAGACGAGAUGUUUCCUGUCAUGGCGUUUUUGGCGAGGAGGUUGAGGAGUUGGAAGGGGGUUCCGGAGGGGAGUGUGGAGAUUAGUUGA